UGCCGGCCGGGCGCAGGCCGCCGGGCGGCGCCUUCUUCUCAGGCAGGUUCCGGGGCCCUCGGCCCCCCCUCCGCCUCCCCGCCCCCCUGUGUUGUCGCCUCUCCCUCUCGCUGCUUCACUUCACGGGGCGAACAUGGCGCACAGCUGUCGGUGGCGCUUCCCCGCCCGACCCGGGACCACCGGGGGCGGCGGCGGCGGGGGGCGCCGGGGCCUGGGGGGCGCCCCGCGGCAACGCGUCCCGGCCCUGCUGCUUCCCCCCGGGCCCCCGGUCGGCAGCGGCGGCCCCGGGGCGCCCCCCUCCCCCCCGGCUGUGGCGGCCGCGGCGGCGGCGGCGGGAAGCAGCGGGGCUGGGGUUCCAGGGGGAGCGGCCGCCGCCUCAGCAGCCUCUUCGUCGUCCGCCUCGUCUUCGUCUUCGUCAUCGUCCUCAGCCUCCUCUGGGCCGGCCCUGCUCCGGGUGGGCCCGGGCUUCGACGCGGCGCUGCAGGUCUCGGCCGCCAUCGGCACCAACCUGCGCCGGUUCCGGGCUGUGUUUGGGGAGAGCGGCGGGGGAGGCGGCAGCGGAGAGCUAACAACACAGAUCCCAUGUAGUUGGAGAACCAAAGGCCUCAUACAUGACAAAAAGACUGAACCGUUCAGGUUACUUGCAUGGAGUUGGUGCUUAAAUGAUGAGCAGUUCUUAGGUUUUGGCUCAGAUGAAGAAGUCCGAGUACGAAGUCCCACAAGGUCUCCUUCAGUUAAAACUAGCCCUCGAAAGCCUCGUGGGAGACCUAGAAGUGGCUCUGACCGAAAUUCAGCUAUCCUCUCAGAUCCGUCUGUGUUUUCCCCUCUAAGUAAAUCAGAGACCAAAUCCGGAGAUAAGAUCAAGAAGAAAGAUUCUAAAAGCAUAGAAAAGAAGAGAGGAAGACCCCCCACCUUCCCUGGAGUAAAAAUCAAAAUAACACAUGGAAAGGACAUUUCAGAGCUACCAAAGGGAAGCAAAGAAGAUAGCUUGAAAAAGAUUAAGCGGACACCUUCUGCUACAUUUCAGCAAGCCACAAAGAUUAAAAAAUUACGAGCAGGUAAACUCUCUCCUCUCAAGUCUAAGUUUAAGACAGGGAAGCUUCAAAUAGGAAGGAAGGGGGUACAGAUUGUCCGACGGCGAGGAAGGCCUCCAUCGACAGAAAGGAUAAAGACCCCUUCAGGCCUCCUCAUUAACUCUGAACUGGAAAAGCCUCAGAAGGUCCGGAAGGACAAGGAAGGAACACCUCCACUCACAAAAGAAGAUAAGACAGUAGUCAGACAAAGCCCUCGAAGGAUUAAGCCGGUUAGGAUUAUUCCUUCUUCUAAAAGGACAGAUGCCACAAUUGCUAAGCAGCUCUUGCAGAGGGCCAAAAAGGGGGCUCAAAAGAAAAUUGAGAAAGAAGCAGCUCAGCUGCAGGGAAGAAAGGUGAAGACACAGGUCAAAAACAUCCGACAGUUCAUUAUGCCUGUCGUCAGUGCCAUCUCCUCACGGAUCAUUAAAACCCCCCGGCGGUUUAUAGAGGAUGAGGAUUAUGACCCUCCAAUUAAAAUUGCCCGACUAGAGUCGACACCGAACAGUAGAUUCAGUGCCACGUCCUGUGGAUCUUCUGAAAAAUCCAGUGCAGCUUCUCAACACUCCUCUCAGAUGUCUUCAGACUCCUCCCGGUCUAGCAGCCCCAGCGUUGAUACCUCCACAGAUUCUCAGGCCUCUGAGGAGAUCCAGGUACUUCCUGAAGAGCGGAGCGAGACCCCCGAAGUUCAUACUCCACUGCCUAUUGCCCAGUCCCCAGAGAACGAUAGUACUGAAAGGAGAAGCAGGAGGUAUUCCGUGUCCGAGAGAAGUUUUGGAUCUAGAACGACUAAGAAGCUGUCGACGCUGCAAAGUGCCCCCCAGCAGCAGCCCUCGUCCUCUCCACCCCCACCUCUGCUUACGCCCCCCCCACCGCUGCAGCCAGCCUCCAGCAUCGCUGACCACACACCGUGGCUCAUGCCUCCAACGAUCCCCUUAGCAUCACCAUUUUUGCCUGCUUCCGCUGCUCCCAUGCAAGGGAAGCGCAAGUCUAUUUUGCGAGAACCGACGUUUAGGUGGACUUCUUUAAAGCAUUCUAGGUCAGAGCCACAGUACUUUUCCUCAGCAAAGUAUGCCAAAGAAGGUCUUAUUCGCAAACCAAUAUUUGAUAAUUUCCGACCCCCUCCACUAACUCCUGAGGAUGUCGGCUUCGCGUCCGGUUUUUCUCCAUCCGGUCCUGCUGCUUCAGCCCGAUUGUUCUCACCACUCCACUCUGGAACAAGGUUCGAUAUGCACAAAAGGAGCCCUCUUCUGAGAGCUCCAAGAUUUACUCCAAGUGAGGCUCAUUCUAGAAUCUUUGAGUCUGUCACCUUGCCUAGUAAUCGAACUUCUGCUGGAACAUCUUCUUCAGGAGUAUCCAACAGAAAAAGGAAAAGAAAAGUCUUUAGCCCUAUUCGGUCUGAACCAAGAUCUCCUUCCCACUCCAUGAGGACACGAAGUGGAAGGCUUAGUACUGCCGAGCUGUCACCGCUCACCCCGCCGUCUUCUGUCUCUUCCUCGUUAAGCAUAUCUGUUAGUCCUCUUGCCACUAGUGCCUUAAACCCGACUUUUACUUUUCCUUCUCAUUCCCUGACUCAGUCUGGGGAAUCUGCAGAGAAAAGCCAGAGACCAAGGAAGCAGGCUAGUGCUCCGGCAGAGCCAUUUUCAUCCGGCAGCCCCACUCCUCUCUUCCCUUGGUUUACCCCAGGCUCUCAGACUGAGAGAGGGAGAAAUAAAGACAAGGCCCCCGAGGAGCUGUCCAAAGAUCGAGAUGCUGACAAGAGCGUGGAGAAGGACAAGAGUAGAGAGAGAGACCGGGAGAGAGAAAAAGAGAAUAAGCGGGAAUCAAGGAAAGAGAAAAGGAAAAAGGGAUCAGAAAUUCAGAGUAGUUCUGCUUUGUAUCCUGUGGGUAGGGUUUCCAAAGACAAGGUUGUCGGUGAAGAUGUUGCCGCUUCAUCUUCUGCCAAAAAAGCAACAGGGCGGAAGAAGUCUUCAUCACUUGAUUCUGGGACUGAUAUUGCUUCUGUGACUCUUGGGGAUACAACAGCUGUCAAAACCAAAAUACUUAUAAAGAAAGGGAGAGGAAAUCUGGAAAAAAACAACUUGGACCUCGGCCCAACUGCCCCAUCCCUGGAGAAGGAGAAAACCCUCUGCCUUUCCACUCCUUCAUCUAGCACUGUUAAACAUUCCACUUCCUCCAUAGGCUCCAUGUUGGCUCAGGCAGACAAGCUUCCUAUGACGGACAAGAGGGUUGCCAGCCUCCUAAAAAAGGCCAAAGCCCAGCUCUGCAAGAUUGAGAAGAGUAAGAGUCUUAAACAAACCGACCAGCCCAAAGCACAGGGUCAAGAAAGUGAUUCAUCAGAGACCUCUGUGCGAGGACCCCGCAUUAAACAUGUCUGCAGAAGAGCUGCCGUUGCCCUUGGCCGAAAACGAGCUGUGUUUCCUGAUGACAUGCCCACCCUGAGUGCCUUACCAUGGGAAGAACGAGAGAAGAUUUUGUCUUCCAUGGGGAAUGAUGACAAGUCAUCAAUUGCUGGCUCAGAAGAUGCUGAACCUCUUGCUCCGCCCAUCAAACCAAUUAAACCCGUUACCAGAAACAAGGCGCCUCAGGAACCUCCAGUAAAGAAAGGGCGACGAUCCAGGCGGUGUGGGCAGUGUCCCGGCUGCCAGGUGCCUGAGGACUGUGGUGUUUGUACUAACUGCUUAGACAAACCCAAGUUUGGUGGCCGAAAUAUAAAGAAGCAGUGCUGCAAGAUGAGAAAAUGUCAGAAUCUACAAUGGAUGCCUUCCAAAGCCUACCUUCAGAAGCAAGCAAAAGCUGUGAAAAAGAAAGAGAAAAAGUCUAAAACCAGCGAAAAGAAAGAGAGCAAGGAGAGCAGCGUUGGGAAGAGCGUGGUGGACUCUGGGCAGAAGCCUGCCCCGUCAGCAAGAGAGGACCCCACCCCCAAGAAAAGCAAUAGCGAACCUCCGCCUCGAAAGCCCGUCGAGGAGAAGAGCGAGGAAGGGAAUGUCCCUGCCCCAGUUCCUGAAUCCAAACAAGUUACCACGCCAGCUUCCAGGAAGUCCAGCAAGCAGGCCUCCCAGCCAGUGCCAGUCACCCCUCCACAGCCAUCCAGCACAGCACCACCGAGAAAAGAAGUUCCCAAGACCACUCCUAGUGAGCCCAAGAAAAAGCAGCCUCCACCACCAGAAUCAGGUCCAGAGCAAAGCAAGCAGAAAAAAGUGGCUCCUCGCCCAAGUAUUCCUGUAAAACAAAAACCAAAAGAAAAGGAAAAGCCACCUCCAGUCAGUAAGCAGGAGAACACAGGCACUUUGAACAUCCUCAGCACUCUCUCCAAUGGCAAUAGUUCGAAGCAAAAGAUCCCAGCCGAUGGAGUCCACAGGAUCAGAGUGGACUUUAAGGAGGAUUGUGAAGCAGAAAAUGUGUGGGAGAUGGGAGGCUUAGGAAUCUUGACCUCUGUCCCUAUAACACCCAGAGUGGUUUGCUUUCUCUGUGCCAGCAGUGGGCACGUAGAGUUUGUGUAUUGCCAAGUCUGUUGUGAGCCCUUCCACAAGUUUUGUUUAGAGGAGAACGAGCGCCCCCUGGAGGACCAGCUGGAGAACUGGUGUUGUCGCCGCUGCAAGUUCUGUCAUGUUUGUGGAAGGCAGCAUCAGGCUACCAAGCUGCUGGAGUGUAAUAAGUGCCGAAACAGCUAUCACCCUGAGUGCCUGGGACCAAACUACCCCACCAAGCCCACCAAGAAAAAGAAAGUUUGGAUCUGCACCAAGUGUGUGCGCUGCAAGAGCUGUGGAUCCACAACUCCAGGCAAAGGGUGGGAUGCACAGUGGUCUCACGAUUUCUCACUGUGCCACGACUGUGCCAAACUCUUUGCUAAAGGGAACUUCUGCCCUCUCUGUGAUAAGUGUUAUGAUGACGAUGACUACGAGAGUAAGAUGAUGCAGUGUGGAAAGUGUGAUCGCUGGGUCCAUUCCAAAUGUGAGAAUCUUUCAGGUACAGAAGAUGAGAUGUAUGAGAUUUUGUCUAACCUGCCAGAAAGUGUGGCCUAUACCUGUGUGAACUGCACCGAGCGGCACCCUGCAGAGUGGCGGCUGGCCCUGGAGAAGGAGCUGCAGAUCUCUCUGAAGCAGGUUCUGACAGCUCUGCUCAACUCUCGGACCACCAGUCACUUGCUUCGCUACCGACAGGCUGCUAAGCCUCCAGACUUAAAUCCUGAGACGGAGGAGAGUAUACCUUCCCGCAGCUCCCCAGAAGGACCAGACCCACCAGUGCUUACUGAGGUCAGCAAACAGGAAGAUCAGCAGCCCUUAGAUCUGGAAGGAGUCAAGAGGAAAAUGGACCAAGGGAACUACACAUCUGUGUUGGAGUUCAGUGAUGAUAUCGUGAAGAUCAUUCAAGCAGCCAUUAAUUCAGAUGGAGGGCAGCCAGAGAUUAAAAAAGCCAACAGCAUGGUCAAGUCCUUCUUUAUUCGGCAAAUGGAGCGUGUUUUUCCAUGGUUCAGUGUCAAAAAGUCUAGGUUUUGGGAGCCAAAUAAAGUAUCAAGCAACAGUGGGAUGUUACCAAACGCAGUGCUUCCACCUUCACUUGACCAUAAUUAUGCUCAGUGGCAGGAGCGAGAGGAAAACAGCCACACUGAGCAGCCUCCUCUAAUGAAGAAAAUCAUUCCAGCUCCCAAACCUAAAGGGCCUGGGGAACCAGACUCUCCAACUCCUCUCCAUCCUCCUACACCACCAAUUCUGAGUACUGAUAGGAGUCGAGAAGAUAGUCCAGAACUGAACCCACCCCCAGGCAUAGAAGAUAAUAGACAAUGUGCAUUGUGUUUGACGUAUGGUGAUGACAGUGCUAAUGAUGCUGGCCGUUUGCUUUACAUUGGCCAAAAUGAGUGGACACAUGUAAAUUGCGCUUUGUGGUCAGCAGAAGUGUUUGAAGACGAUGAUGGAUCACUAAAGAAUGUGCACAUGGCUGUGAUCAGGGGCAAGCAGCUGAGAUGUGAGUUCUGCCAAAAGCCAGGAGCCACCGUGGGCUGCUGCCUUACAUCCUGCACCAGCAACUAUCACUUUAUGUGUUCUCGCGCCAAGAACUGUGUCUUCCUGGAUGAUAAGAAAGUGUAUUGCCAGCGACAUCGGGAUCUGAUCAAAGGCGAGGUGGUUCCUGAGAAUGGAUUUGAAGUUUUUAGAAGAGUGUUUGUGGACUUUGAAGGAAUCAGCUUGAGAAGAAAGUUUCUCAAUGGCUUGGAGCCGGAGAACAUCCACAUGAUGAUUGGCUCCAUGACAAUUGACUGCUUGGGAAUCCUGAAUGAUCUCUCUGACUGUGAAGAUAAGCUUUUUCCUAUUGGAUAUCAGUGUUCCAGGGUUUACUGGAGCACCACUGAUGCUCGCAAGCGCUGUGUGUAUACGUGCAAGAUUGUGGAGUGCCGCCCCCCGGUGGUGGAGCCGGAUAUCAACAGCACCGUGGAGCACGAUGAAAACAGGACCAUCGCUCACAGUCCCACGUCUUUUGCAGAAAUUUCAUCUAAAGAAAGUCAAAACACGGCUGAAAUUCUAAGUCCUUCCUCACCAGACCGACCUCACUCUCAAACCUCUGGCUCCUGUUUUUAUCACGUCAUCUCAAAGGUCCCUAGGAUUCGAACACCUAGUUAUUCUCCAACACAGAGAUCCCCUGGCUGUCGGCCGUUGCCUUCUGCAGGAAGUCCUACCCCAACCACUCAUGAAAUAGUCACAGUGGGUGACCCUUUACUCUCCUCUGGACUCCGAAGCAUUGGCUCCAGGCGUCACAGCACUUCUUCCUUGUCACCCCAGCGGUCUAAACUCCGAAUAAUGUCUCCAAUGAGAACUGGGGGUACUUACUCCAGGAAUAGUGUUUCCUCAGUCUCCACCAUCGGGACUGCCACAGAUCUUGAGUCAAGUGCCAAAGCAGUUGAUCAUGUCUUAGGACCACUGAAUUCAAAUACUAAUUUAGGGCAAAACACUCCCACCUCUUCAAAUUUGCAAAGGACAGUAGUUACAGUGGGCAGUAAAACCAGCCACUUGGAUGGGUCUUCCUCUUCUGAAGUGAAGCAUUCCAGCGCUUCAGACCUAGGAUCCAAGAGCUGCUCUUUGAAAGGAGAGAAGACCAAAGUGCCAAGUUCCAAGAGCUCAGAGGGGUCUGCCCAUACUGGGGCUUAUCCCGGCAUUCCCAAACUGGCCCCACAGGUUCAUAAUACAGCACCUGGGGAACUAAACGCUAGCCAGAUCGGCACUUUUGCUGAACUCUCUUCAGGGCCGUAUUCUUCUAAAGAGGCCCUCUCCUUCCCCCCACUCCAUCUGAGAGGGCAGAGGAACGAUCGGGACCAACACAUAGAUUCUAACCAAUCGGUAAACCCCCCUCCCAAUGAAGAUGCGGGAGUUAAAACCUUGAAGCUCUCUGGAGUGAGCAGCAGAUCGUCCAUCAUCAACGAACACAUGGGAUCUAGUUCCAGAGACCGGAGACAGAAAGGGAAAAAGUCUUGUAAAGAAACUUUCAAAGAAAAACAUUCCAGUAAGUCUUUUUUGGAACCGGGUCAGGUGACAACUGGCGAAGAGGGAACCCUAAAGCCGGAGUUCGUGGAUGAGGCUUUGACUCCUGAGUUUAUGGGGCAACGGCCAUGUAAUAAUGUUUCUUCUGAUAAGAUUGGAGACAAAGGCCUCUCCAUUCCGGGAGUCCCCAAAGCUCCAUCCAUGCAAGCAGAGGGAUCUGCCAAGGAAUUACAGACCCCUCGGAAGCGCACAGUCAAAGUGACACUGACACCUCUCAAAAUGGAAAGUGAGGGCCAGUCCAAGAAUACACUGAAGGAAGGGAGCCCUGUGUCCCCUUUGCAAGUAGAGUCCGCCUCUCCCACAGAACCAGUUGCAGCCUCUGAAAGUCCAGGAGAUGGUCCAGUGGCCCAGCCAAGCCCCAAUAACACCUCAUCCCAGGAUCCUCAGAGUAACAACUACCAGAAUCUGCCAGUACAGGACAGAAACCUGAUGCUUCCAGACGGUCCCAAACCUCAGGAGGAUGGCGCUUUCAAGAGGAGAUACCCCCGUCGCAGUGCCCGGGCACGCUCCAACAUGUUCUUUGGGCUCACCCCGCUGUAUGGAGUGAGAUCCUACGGUGAAGAAGACAUUCCAUUCUACAGCAGCUCCACUGGGAAGAAGCGGGGCAAGAGAUCAGCUGAAGGACAGGUGGAUGGGGCUGACGACCUAAGCACCUCCGACGAAGAUGACCUGUACUACUAUAAUUUCACCAGAACAGUGAUUUCCUCAGGUGGAGAUGAGCGGCUGGCAUCCCAUAAUUUAUUUCGGGAGGAGGAGCAGUGUGACCUUCCCAAAAUCUCCCAGUUGGAUGGCGUCGAUGACGGCACAGAGAGCGAUACUAGCGUCACGGCCACCACGAGGAAAAGCAGCCAGAUUCCGAAAAGAAAUGGGAAAGAAAACGGAACAGAGAACUUAAAGAUCGAGCGACCUGAAGAUCCCAGUGAGAAAGAACACGUCAUUAAAAGUUCCGUUGGCCACAAAAACGAGCCAAAGAUGGAUAACUGCCACUCCGUAAGCAGAGUUAAAACCCAGGGACAGGAUUCCUUGGAGGCUCAGCUCAGCUCACUGGAGUCAAGCCGCCGGGUCCACACAAGCACCCCAUCAGACAAGAACCUCCUGGACACCUACAAUACUGAGCUCCUGAAGUCAGACUCGGAUAACAACAACAGUGACGACUGUGGGAACAUCCUGCCCUCGGACAUUAUGGACUUUGUACUGAAGAACACUCCCUCCAUGCAGGCUUUGGGCGAGAGCCCGGAGUCCUCUUCGUCGGAACUCCUGAAUCUGGGUGAAGGUUUGGGUCUUGACAGUAAUCGAGAAAAGGACAUGGGUCUUUUCGAGGUCUUUUCCCAGCAGUUGCCGACAACAGAGCCUGUGGACAGCAGUGUCUCUUCCUCCAUCUCGGCAGAGGAGCAGUUUGAGCUGCCUCUGGAGCUGCCGUCCGACCUGUCUGUCCUGACCACCCGGAGUCCCACUGUCCCCAGCCAGAAUCCCAGUAGACUGGCUGUGAUCUCCGACUCAGGAGAGAAGAGAGUAACCAUCACAGAGAAGUCUGUGGCUUCCUCCGAAGGCGACUCGGCACUGCUGAGUCCAGGAGUGGAUCCCACGCCCGAAGGCCACAUGACUCCCGAUCAUUUUAUCCAAGGACACAUGGACGCAGACCACAUUUCCAGCCCUCCCUGUGGUUCAGUGGAGCAAGGUCAUGGCAACAAUCAGGAUUUAACUAGAAACAGUAGCACCCCCGGCCUUCAGGUACCUGUUUCCCCUACUGUUCCUAUCCAGAACCAGAAAUAUGUGCCCAAUUCUACCGAGAGUCCUGGCCCAUCUCAGAUUUCUAAUGCAGCUGUCCAGACCACUCCACCCCACCUGAAACCAGCCACUGAGAAACUCAUUGUGGUUAACCAGAACAUGCAGCCACUUUAUGUUCUCCAAACUCUUCCAAAUGGAGUGACCCAAAAAAUCCAGUUGACCUCUUCUGUUAGCUCUACACCCAAUGUGAUGGAGACAAAUACUUCAGUCUUGGGGCCCAUGGGAAGUGGUCUCACCCUAGCCACGGGACUAAAUCCAAGCUUGCCAACUUCUCCAUCUCUGUUCCCUCCUGCUAGCAAAGGAUUGCUCCCCAUGCCUCAUCACCAGCACUUACAUUCCUUCCCUGCAGCUGCUCAAAGUAGUUUCCCACCUAACAUCAGCAGUCCUCCUUCAGGCCUACUUAUUGGGGUUCAGCCUCCUCCAGAUCCCCAACUUUUGGUUUCAGAAGCCAGCCAGAGGACAGACCUCAGUACCACAGUAGCCACUCCAUCCUCUGGACUCAAGAAAAGACCCAUAUCUCGUCUACACACCCGAAAGAAUAAAAAACUCGCUCCCUCUAGCACCCCUUCAACCAUUGCCCCUUCCGAUGUGGUCUCUAACAUGACCCUGAUUAACUUCACACCCUCUCAGCUGCCAAACCACCCCAACCUGUUAGAGCUGGGGUCACUUAAUACUUCAUCUCACCGAACUGUCCCCAACAUCAUAAAAAGGUCUAAAUCUGGCAUCAUGUAUUUUGAACAGGCACCCCUGUUACCACAGAGUGUGGGCGGCACAGCGGCCGCGGCGGCGGGCGCGUCUACCAUAAGCCAGGAUACUGGCCACCUCACCGCGGGGCCUGUGUCUGGCCUAGCAGCCGGUUCCUCCGUCUUGAAUGUUGUAUCCAUGCAAACCACAGCAACCCCUACAAGUAGCGCGUCCGUUCCAGGACAUGUCGCGUUAGCCAACCCCAGGUUGCUCAGUACCCCGGAUAUCGGCUCAAUAAGCAACCUUUUGAUCAAAGCUAGCCAGCAGAGCCUGGGGAUGCAGGAGCAGCCUGUGGCCUUGCCGCCAAGUUCAGGAAUGUUUCCACAACUGGGCACCUCACAGGCUCCGGCUGCUACAAUGACAGCGGCGUCUGGCAUCUGCGUGCUCCCCUCUGCUCAGACUGCGGGCAUGACAGCUGCUUCGCCUUCUGGAGAAGCGGAAGAACACUAUCAGCUUCAGCACGUGAACCAGCUCCUUGCCAGCAAGACUGGGAUUCUCCCUUCCCAGCGUGAACUUGAUUCCGCACCAGGGACCCAGGGAUCUAACCAGACAGUAGAUGCCCCCAACAGCAUGGGGCUGGAGCAGAACAAGGCCCUAUCCUCAGCUCUGCAAGCCAGCUCUGCUUCUCCCGGGGGCUCUCCGUCCCCUGGACAGCCGUCAGCCAGCCCCUCAGUGCCGGCUCCCACUAAAACCAAACCAAAAAUCAAACGGUUUCCGCUGCCUUUGGACAAAGGGAAUGGCAAGAAGCACAAAGUUACCCAUUUGCGGACCAGUUCUUCUGAAGCACACAUUCCAGACCAAGAAGCCAACACGACGUCCCUGACCUCAGUCACAGGGUCUCAGGGAGCAGAGGCUGAGCCGCAGGACACAGCUAACGUGGAACAGUCAUCACAAAAGGAGUGCGGGCAGCCCACAGGGCAAGUUCUUCCUGAGAUUCAAGCAACACAAAAUCCAGCAAAUGAGCAAGAAAGUACAGAACCUAAAACAGUGGAAGAAGAAGAAAGUAACUUCAGCUCUCCACUGAUGCUUUGGCUCCAGCAAGAACAGAAGAGGAAGGAAAGCAUUGCUGAGAAAAAGCCCAAGAAAGGACUUGUUUUUGAAAUUUCAAGUGACGAUGGCUUUCAGAUCUGUGCAGAAAGUAUCGAAGAUGCCUGGAAGUCCUUGACAGAUAAAGUCCAGGAAGCUCGGUCAAAUGCCCGCCUAAAGCAGCUCUCAUUUGCAGGUGUUAAUGGUUUGAGGAUGCUGGGGAUUCUUCAUGAUGCAGUUGUGUUCCUGAUUGAGCAGCUCUCUGGUGCCAAGCACUGUAGGAAUUACAAAUUCCGUUUCCACAAACCAGAGGAGGCCAACGAACCCCCCCUGAACCCUCAUGGCUCAGCCAGGGCUGAAGUUCACCUGAGGCAAUCAGCAUUUGACAUGUUUAACUUCUUGGCUUCCAAACACCGGCAGCCUCCUGAAUACAACCCCAAUGAUGAGGAAGAAGAGGAGGUACAGCUGAAGUCAGCUCGGAGGGCAACUAGUAUGGACCUGCCAAUGCCCAUGCGUUUCCGGCACUUAAAAAAGACUUCCAAGGAGGCAGUUGGUGUCUACAGGUCUCCUAUCCACGGCCGGGGUCUUUUUUGUAAGAGAAACAUCGAUGCAGGUGAGAUGGUGAUUGAGUAUGCUGGCAACGUCAUCCGCUCCAUCCAGACUGACAAGCGAGAGAAGUAUUAUGACAGCAAGGGCAUCGGCUGCUACAUGUUCCGCAUCGACGACUCCGAGGUGGUGGACGCCACGAUGCACGGAAACGCCGCGCGCUUCAUCAACCACUCCUGCGAGCCCAACUGCUACUCGCGGGUCAUCAACAUCGACGGGCAGAAGCACAUCGUCAUCUUUGCCAUGCGCAAGAUCUACCGGGGGGAGGAGCUCACCUACGACUACAAGUUCCCCAUCGAGGACGCCAGCAACAAGCUGCCCUGCAACUGCGGCGCCAAGAAGUGCCGGAAGUUCCUCAACUAGAGCCGCUUCCCUCCCCCGGGUCGUAGCGCUGGGAUGGGGCGCCCAGAGCCUGUGCCCACAGCUAGGAGAUCCAGGAUGGAGCGGGUGCCGCUGAGGGGCCUCCGUGACGGCUGUGCUCCCUUACGUCCCGUAUUCGCAUUACACAUGUGAUCCUAGUCCUGGAGAGAGAGAUGGGGUCUCGAAGACAAGAUCCGCACCCGGCUUUGUACCGGGGCCCCUCUGAUUGUGUGCUGUUGCAGAGUGGUAAAUGGGGUUGCCAGCAGACUUGCCUGGAAGGAGCCUAGAGAGGGUUAGUCAUGCGGGGAGAUGGGGCCUGAGUGUCUCGUCGGAGAGAAGUUGCCAUCGGGGCCUUGGCCUUUCCCCAAGCACUAUAGGCGAGGGGUCAGCUGGGGCCAUUGAUUCAGAGUUGGUUGGACACCUGAUAGUUUGCCAGCCGGGCCCAGGCUGUAGCCGUCUGUUGAACAGAGAAGGUCUGGUGAUUCUCCCUACUAUCCUCCCACUUGAGAGUUCACUUCUGGUUGGGAGACAGGAUUCUUAGCACCUUUGGUGUCAAAAGGCAGUCUUGGGGUUGUGCCAAUGAAUCACCAAACAUGGAGCCUGUGGGCUUUAAGUGGGAGUGUUGCCCCCAUGAGCCUUAUCUCAGCCAAUUACCUUUCUUGACAAUAGGAGCGGUGUCCCUCUCAUUCCUCCCCCGACCCCUCCACUUUCUUCGUUCCCCGUUUCAUCCCACUGCUUUCCCGUUCUUUCUGGGUGGUAGAGGGGAGUGACUGCCUGCUCAAGGACACUCCCUGUCAGGCAUCGUCUAUGCCUGCGGAACAACCCCUGAGCCUGUAAGCACGCCCAGGGGGGAAGUGGACAGGAGCCAUUGGCCAUAACCAGACAGAAUACGGAGUUUUCAUUAAAGCUCCACAGAGAGUUUUUUAAAGAAAUAUAUGUAGCAUGAUUUUUUUAGAGGAGGAAAAAGAUUAUUUAAAUAGGAUCUGAAUCAUGCAACAACCAGAGUAUCACAACCAGGAUGACCCCUGGGUCCCAAUCCCAGGACAUGGUAACUUUAUUUUCCCCUUGUUAAGACAUAAGAAGACUUCAUUUUUAAAUGGUCGGUGUCCAGUUGACGGCAGAACACUAAUCAGAUUUCAAGGCCCAAAACUUGGGGACUAGACCACCUUGUAUCGAGGGACCUCUGCCACCUGCGCAAAAUCCAUAGGUUAAGUAAAUUAAAUGACACUACUGCCCUG